AAUCAUCAUGAUCAUACUCACGAGUAUUGUUUUUGUAAUUAAAUUUGUUUUCGUCCAUUCUCUGGUGAUAGAUAAAUACUCGCUGAAUUGCUCUUAUAUGUUGCACAUGUAUAAUGUUUUUACGGCGAACAUCAGAGUCAAAAUAUCGCCUGAUAGUUUGCCCGGUUAUGCCGAUGAAUUUCAGUCUAUCCACGGCGAAAACAUCUUGGCGAUUCUCGACGAACUACGGGAAAAAGAGCCGUCCUUAGAUAUGUACGCGUUGAUGAAAAUAAAUUUAUACUUGAAUAACGUUUUCGGCACUAUAAUGGUGAAAAAGAACACGUCCACGCCAGCGCCAAAAAACCAAUCCGGAAACGCGGUAUACAAAGAGGAAUUCAACGGUGUUCACAAAGAAGUACUUAACGGCCUAACGUUGAUAAUACUUAAGAACUGUUUCAUCAAACCUAUCGAUCCGCAUCGAUUUAGUAUUAUAUCAAAUAUACUCGACGUUACUGCCGCCCGCGAUCCCUUAACCGAACCGAAAUACUACGACCUAAACGGUUUGUUGCCGAAAGCGAAUUUUUUCAUGAACACCGAUCAACGAAUAACCAACUAUUUAGAAGACAGUGAAUUACAACUGAAGCACAUCUUGAAACCGGUCAUGGAUCGAGGGACCUACUGGAAUUUACAUCCGAGAAAAAUGUUGUUUUACGAUAUGUUGUCCAAGAACGGACCUAUAUCGAAUGGCACGUCACCCGGUCACUCGGAUCCUUUGGAUUUACUGCGGAAAGUCAAUCUAGAAUCGGAAUUAAUCAACGGACGACCAGUUAAUAUUGGAAUGGGGUUCGAGAUGAUUCAACGACUCUUUAUAACGACGUGCGUCAAGGCGUUCCAGCAACAAGUACUGGCCGCUACCGCACAUCCUGUACUGCAUCUGGUCGGUUCCUAUCUUAUGUUCUUCAACCGAGUAUAUUACUUGGAGAAUAACCAAUACACUACUUUGGUCCACAGAGUGGAUAUGUUCCAAUCGACAAUUGUUGACAUGGGCGUAUCGAUUCUCAGCGUAUUCGAUAAAUUUAUACGUUUGGAAUUGCUACCAAAAAAAAUUCAAACACAUUUAGCCACCAUUUACGGGGAAUUGCACAGCUUGGUACAUUAUACUGACAAACUAUCAUUGCAUGUAGACAAACCGUGGUGGGUCGAUUUCAUCUACAACAGGUGUUCUCAGCCCAUGAAGCACAAUAAAUUGAAAUUCGAAACCGACGUUGGAUCCUGGCAAAUGGACAAAAGUGACACGGAAACUAUGAUGACAAAAAUUGAUCUCGUUAAGGAGUACAUAAAGGCUUUAUCGAAGCAAAAGAGUCAUUACGAUAUUGUUGUAAACAAGAUUGUAUUCUAUUCACACGACGAUAUGUUUGACAGCUCUCCUGACUGUGAUAUUGUGUUGGCCAGCAAUGGUGGUUAUAAAACUGUUUGAUGUCGGCAAAUGAUGAAAAAGCAAUGGUAUACUUUGCCGUUAACAUGUCAUUAUCCUACAAUUAUUUCUCCGGUAUGUUCACAUUUU